ACCCAAUUAAUGUCAACAAGGCAGAGUGUUUCUCUCUCUCUUUUUUGCCGUUGUAUAUAUCUACUCCAACUCAAGAACUGUAUUUGAACCUCAAAAGCAAAGCUUUAUGUGAAUCUGAAAAGAAAAAUGGAAGAAGUUGAAGAGCCUGUAAGUCCCACUGGGCAAUAUUUGAACAGCUCUGCCUUGUGUAUAUACAUUCUUGGUGUCUUAGAAUUUGAGAUUCCAAUAGAUGAUUGUCACACCUUUUCACUGCUUCAAGAUGUCUUCCUUCCAAUCAAUACACGUUUUUCCUCUGUCAUGAUUGGAGACCACAAUGGGCAGAGAAAAUGGAAGAAAGUUGAAGUGAAGCUGGAGGAACAUAUUAAUGUUCCUAUAUUUCCCACAAGAUCCAACUUGUUAUAUGAUGAUUAUCUUGAUGAGUAUUUGUCCAAGAUUGCAAUGGAACAUUUACCUCAAAAUAGACCACUUUGGGAAAUCCACAUAAUUAAGUACCCAACAAGCAAUGCAGCUGGUACAGUGGUAUUCAAACUCCACCAUGCCCUUGGAGAUGGUUACUCUCUAAUGGGUGCACUUCUUUCUUGUUUGCAAAGAGCUGAUAACCCCUCUCUACCUUUCACAAUCCCAUUUAGCAAAAGACCCAAAUCAAGCUUCAACACCAUUAAAGUUUUGAAAAGAUUCCCCUCUUUUUUUUUCUCUGCAUUCAGAUCAGUAUCAGAUUUUGGAUGGAGCAUAUUGAAAAGCAGUUUCCUUCAAGAUGAUCAAACACCAAUAAGGUCUCGUGGAGAAGACACUAAGCUUCGGUACAUUACCAUCUCAAAUGUGUCCUUCUCCAUGGAAAACAUCAAGGAAGUGAAAUCUAAACUUGGAGUGACCACAAAUGACGUGAUUGCUGGCUUAAUUUUCUUGGGCAUUCGGUUAUAUAUGCAAGAAGUUUAUGUGGAAUCAAGCAAAUCCCAGUCCACAGCAUUGGUGUUACUGAAUACUAGAAACAUCAGUGGCUAUAAGUCUGUUAAGGAGAUGGUUGACAAGACCAAUUAUAGUGCUUCUUGGGGAAAUCGAUUUGCAUUUCUGCAUAUACCAAUUCCAAAGCUAAGUGAUUCUAACUUGGCAAACCCUCUUGAGUUUAUCUGGAAAGCCCAUAAAGAGAUCAAUAGGAUGAAGAAUUCCUUAGCCACACCUCUAACUGGCAUGCUUUUGAACAUGGUGAAGAAAUUCAAAGGUCCUGAGGCUGCAGCAAAAUACGUACGAAGUACUUUAAGAAACUCAAGCACAACAGUCUCAAGCAUCAUUGGACCAGUUGAAAAGAUGUCUCUUGAUAAUCAACCAAUUAAAGGUUUAUACUUCAUGGUUGCUGGUCCACCAGAGAGUCUCACCAUAACGAUAACGACCUACAUGGGAAAGGUAAGAAUUGCGUUUGGUCUGGAGAAAGGCUUCAUUGACAAACAAAAGAUGAAGUCGUGUAUGGAGAAUUCUCUUGAGAAGAUAAUUCUAGCAGCAAGAAAUAUUUCAGCAUAAAAUCAAAGAAAGAAAGACAGACCUGUAUGGCGCACCCAAACCGCUUCGGAUUAGCUGGGAAAAUUAGAUCCAGAUCUCUAACUUUCUAGCUUAUUUGCAGUUAUUGCUAAGCUAAUUCAUGUGAAUUCUAUUUUUAUUGAACCGAAACCCCAAAUAUUACAUUUAACGGAGGCUAUUUUUAAAGUCAAACCAUAUUUUCAUCCCGAGUCAAGUUUUCUGGUUGAUUUUUUUGGGGGGUGGGGGAGUAAAAUGUCCCUAGUAACUAGUAAGUCAAUUUUUACAUCCUUCGAAAGGCAUAAGAUUAAAGAACAUUGUACUUAUACUUAAUCACGGUGUAUGUUAAAUUUUAAAUAAGCUUAAGUUUGAGGAAUCCUCAUCGCUUAAUUGGAAACAGAGCUUAGAUUGUUUAGACUUUAAACAUCAAUUCAAAGGGUUAGUUCGAAAUGCAGGACUUAGCAAUUUUCUUAGAAGGCCAAAUGUUAUGACCUUAGAAUUCGAAAUCAAGGUUAAACAUCUAGUUAGUGAAAGCUCUGAAAACGUCCAAGUCUACUACUCUGAUAAAGGCUUCAAAGAGUGGCAAAUAAACCGAUCAUUCUUCCAUCUCUUGUAUUUUCUUUCAGUCUAACGCAAUAUGUUCUUAUUAUUUACCUUAAGUUCUUGCAAUCUUUCUUACAAGUUAUUACUUGUUCUUGUUUGAAUAAAU